AUGGAUUUAACUGGACCAAUACAUGAUUUUCUUUUAGUUUUUUUGGGAUUGGGUCUUAUAGUAGGAGGUCUAGGAGUGGUAUUACUUACUAAUCCUAUUUUUUCUGCCUUUUCAUUGGGAUUGGUUCUUGUUUGUAUAUCCUUAUUUCAUAUUCCAUCGAAUUCCCAUUUUGUAGCUGCUGCACAACUCCUUAUUUAUGUGGGAGCCAUAAAUGUCUUAAUUAUAUUCGCUGUUAUGUUCAUGAACGAUUCAGAAUAUUACAAUGAUUUCAGUCUUUGGACUGUUGGGGAUGGGGUAACUUCACUGGUUUGUACAAGUAUUUUUGUUUCACUAAUAACUACUAUUCCAGAUACGUCAUGGUACGGGGUUAUUUGGACUACAAGAUCAAACCAGAUUUUGGAGCAAGAUUUGAUAAAUAAAGGUCAACAAAUCGGGAUUCAUUUAUCAACUGAUUUUUUUCUUCCUUUUGAGCUUAUUUCUAUAAUUCUUUUAGUUUCUUUGAUAGGUGCAAUUGCUAUGGCUCGUCAGUAA